AAAACAUUUGUGAGAAAAAAAUAGUUUACGAGAAAUAUGUGUUGAAAAGCAAUAGUUUUGGUCACAAAAGCGAGGAUCAGAUCAAAGACAUGAGACGAUAGGCAUCGCGUGUGCGACGACACCACACGAGGACAUCGGAUUCAAACGAUAGCAUCCAAUCGGUGGCCAAAACGAUGAGAUAAUGGACGCCAAGAAUCACUACCACAACAACAACAACAAUAUGUCCGCAAACAGUGGCCACAUGUGUGCGGCCGCCGCCCCAUCGCCGCCACCGAUGACGGCCACCAAAUGCCAGUCAUUCGGGUCGACGACCACACCGUCGAUGGCGGCGGCCGUCGGACGCGUCCAAUACAUCUAUGAGUUGCCCUACAAUUGUCGCAAACAGUUGUGCGAUCUCUUGGACGCGGACCAGUCGUGGCGCCAAUUGGGCGGUCAGUACAUGAAUCUGAACGACACGUCGCUGACGCUGAUAUCGCACGCACUGAUCCGCAACUCUUCGCCCACUAAUGAGUUGCUCACCAAAUGGGAGACGAGUGCCGCCAAAGUGAGCCAAUUGUUUGUCUUUUUGGCACAAAUGGGACACAAGAGAGCGAUGUUUAUACUGCGGCCGUAUGUCGAGCAACGGCUUCGCCAGUUGUGUCCAGACGUGGAUUGCGAUGAAGACAAUUACGAUCUGUCGGCCAUUCAAGCGGUGGCCGCGGCUAUGAAUCCCUCAAAUCAGAUGCAAAACAAUCUCUUUCUCGAUAAUAAUGGCAAACAUUUUGAACAAAACAGCACUAAAUAUGAUUCAACACAAUUGAUGACUGAAAAGAAGAUACUUAACAAAAAUCUCAACGAUUUGGACACUAAUCUCAAUCACAAUAAUCUCAAUAAUAGUAAUCCAAUGAACGAAUUGAAUGGCGAAAAGCAAACGCAUUGCGAUAAAAGUGAUAAUAAGGGCGACAAGUGUUCGGCCGAUACUAAUUGUGACGAAAUGGAAGUGCCGUACAAAGAGCUGCUCAUCGCCACCGACGACUUCGCUAAGGAUAGGGUUUUAGGCAACGGAGGCUUUGGCACCGUAUAUAAGGGCGAGUGGAAGGGCACUAAUGUGGCCAUUAAGCGACUCAAAGGCUUCAACGACAAGUCCCAGGCGUUGACUGAACUCCGAGUGCUCAACAGAUACCGAAUCGACAAUAUUUUGCCCAUUUAUGGCGUCAGUCUCGAUGGCGUCGAGCCGUGUCUUGUGUACCAAUAUAUGCCAAACGGAUCGCUAGAGGAUCGGCUUCUAUGCAAAGCCGGCACAAAACCUCUUUCGUGGUCCCAACGAAUCAAUAUCGGCGAAGGCAUCGCCCGAGCGCUCAAUUACUUGCACACACUUAAGGGCAAUGCCUUCGUUCACGGAGACGUCAAGAGUGCGAACGUACUCUUGGAUCCGCUCUUCGAGCCAAAGUUGGGCGACUUUGGUCUCGCCAGACAAGUCAACUCCGGCAGUGGUCUCUAUACGCACUGUACGGUCAGCGCAGUCCACGGCACGAGUGUUUACCUCCCGUUUGAGUAUCUGAGGCAACGAAUCCUGAGCCCAGCCGUUGAUGUCUACAGUUAUGGCAUUGUUUUGCUUGAGAUGGCGACCGGAAAACGCGCUUUCGAUGGCAAGAGACUACUCAUUGACUUCAUUGAGGAUGAGAUCAAAGCGACAGAAAAAGACGGCAAUAAAGACCACACAAAACUGUUGGACAAACGUAUAGCUGAUGGCAAUGAAUCAGUCAAUUGGUUCGAGUGUUUGUUAGAUUUGGGUCGAAAGUGCGCCCAUAGGUCUAAGAAUAGACGGCCCCCAAUGAUCCAGGUUUUGGAAUACUAUAAUCAAUACAAGACAAGCGAACGGAUCCGUCGAUUGAGCGCCGAAGCGAGCAAUCAUAAGAAGAAUACCAUAAGUAUCUCAAAGUCAAACAUUAAGACCCCAUUAGAACUGCAGCUCUGGUACGAUAUGAGCAAUCAUAAGAAGAAUACCAUAAGUAUCUCAAAGUCAAACAUUAAGACCCCAUUAGAACUGCAGCUCUGGUACGAUAUGGUGCGCAAGACUGGCGGCCCUCAAAGCGAGACCUGUUGCCCAACUCUGGGCACUGAACCCAAUAUGGAUGACUUCGACAGCUCUAUAGCACUGGACACUGACGACCAAAAUGAGACCGAAAGCGAUGUUUUCAAUUGCGAACAAAACACUGAACCCAUUGAACAGAUGGCAGAGACAGUUGGCGAUGGCGGCGGAACCGAUGUGUCCAUCGGUGUGUUGCCAUUGAUUACCGAAUUAGGGAUCAGUAGUGAUGCCAGCGCUGGCACUGAAGCUCAAGAAUCAGAUUAGGAUAAGCAUUGCGAAGACCAGUGCGCCGAUGGUUUCAAAUGCCUGACCAACGAAUGGCUGGUCUGUAAAUGGAGACAAUUGUCUGAUCGGUCAAUAGUUUGUUGUCUUAAUCGGCGGACAAACGAUAAGAGUGUGAAAAAUUCAAUGCAAACGAGCGGUCAUUACCAGCAAAUGAAUUGUGCGAACAGUCGUCGUCUAUCCAAACGAAGUUUUCUACAAUUGUUCAACAAUUUAUUCGCCCCUAACGUUAGGCCGAAGCCAGUGGUCGCAGACACCCGAACCCACUAUCCGUGGAUGGUUUCGGUGCAGGAGUUUGAGGGCCACAUAUGUGGCGGCGCUAUCAUCACUGACCACAUUGUUGUGACCGCCGCCCACUUAAACAUUAUAUGUAUUCCCGCGUCGGAUAUCACUGUUGACCAAUUGGUCGGCCGCUGGAGCACAGUAUUGGGCUUCGGGAAUGUUGAUUACGGCGGCGACUUAUCUCAAGCGCUCAAACAAAUAAAGGUUCAAAUUAUUGAUACCAAAGACUGCGCCAACAGGUAUGCCAUCGGAGACAAACAUAAUAUACCGAUAGGUAUACAGGAGUGCAUGAUAUGCGGCAAUCCUGGCGGCAGUUCCGAUGCCUGUCAGGGAGAUUCAGGCAUCGUAUCGUUUGGCCGCAAAUGCGGAACCGUUAAAAUUCCCGGCGUUUACACGAAUGUUAUAUAUUAUCGUAAAUGGAUUUUCGGACAAAUAGCUAGAAUUGGCACUUAA